AUGCCUCCAAGAGGAAGACCAAAGAAAACUGCACCGCCACCUGCUGCUGCAAAUAACACCUUGGUCGCGGCCAAUGGCGGUGGCAUUCAGAAUGGAAUAGAGUAUCAUCCGAAUCAACAAAUGAUGCCAACACCAAUGGAAUACCAACAACAACAGAUCCAACAACAACAACAACAACCUCAAGGUCAUCCUCCACAACAAUUCACUCAACCUCACCAACACCCAAUCACGAGAAGUGCAACCAAGCAACAACAACUAUUACAUCAGUUGCAGCAACAACAACAACCACCACCAGUUCCAUACCAAGAGGUGCAAUAUUACAAUAAUAGACCAUUACCUUUUGUUAAUGGAACCAAUGGCGGUGCCAAUGGUGUCUCCUUGCCACCUCCCCAAUUAUUACCACCUCAGCAACAACAACAACAACAACAACAACAACAACAACAACAACAACAACAACAACAACAACAACAUAAUACAGACAUUUAUGGUAUAUUAGGUGGAGGAGGUGUAACGACUAGUGGUGGAACGGGUAAUGGAAACGGAAACAACCACGCCAAUACCAAUGGAAAUCGAGUACUACAACCUGGGUCCAGUUUUAUUAUGGACCAAAUACAAUCAUUGGCCUCGUUGAAUGGGAGUCAAGCAAGCGGUAGUAUUACGCCAGCGGUGGCAUCUGCAGCUGGACCACCACCAAUACCAAACCCAAACAACAAUAUUGGUAUUGGUGGUGGUGGGGGGAAUGGAACCGACAAGAAAAUACAAAUGGGGUUGUUACAGCUCAGAGAGAUGAGUGGAUCAUCUAGUCGAGCAUCGUCAAUGUCAACAACCCCACAUUCAUCACAGGAACUCAAUGGUGGGAGUGGACCGGCUAUCGAUGACGAAUCGGGGCACGAAGAAUUGACAGAGAAUGGAAAACCAAAAAAGAGAAAGCGGGUUGCCAAACCUGCAGCACCAGCAGCCCCCAAGACUAGAGCAUCAAAGAAAAAUGCAGCUCCUCCCCCCCUCCAACUCCAACCCCAUCCUCUUCACAAUCACAACAAGACAAUGAUGAAGAUGAUGAUACUGAAGAUGAAAAUUAUGAACAAUCUUCAUCAUCAUCUAUUUGAUAAUUCACUUGUACAAUUGACAAGAAAGUUUAUUGAUUUGGUUGAACAAGCACCAGAUUGUAUAUUGGAUCUAAAGGUGGCAGCUGAAAAGAUUGAAAUCACUAAACGUAGAAUUUAUGAUGUCACUUGUGUUUUGGAAGGUGUUGGAUUGAUUGAAAAAUGUUCAAAGAAUCAAGUACAAUGGAGAGGUGUUGAUUCCCCAAUUCAAACAACUAGAUCAAAUUUACAAAAACAAGAUUCAAAUAAUAAUAAUAACAAAAAUAAUAAUAAUAAUAAUAGGUCAACAUCAACCACCUCUACAACAUCUACGACGUCAACAUCAGCAGCACAUAGUGAUGUUUUAAGAACAGAGAUUUUGAAAAUGACUGAAAAAGAGGAGAGUAUUGAUCUUCACUAUAGACAUACCCAAAAGAAUAUUCAACAUUUAUUACAAGAAGCAACAUCUUGUGGACUUUUUUUUGUAACAUAUAAUGACCUUAGAGAGAUUGAAGGUAUAAAAAACGAUACAUUGAUAGCAAUUAAAGCACCAUCUGGAACAAAGUUGGAGGUGCCUGAUCCAGACGAAGGAAUGGAACCGCCUAAUAGAAGGUACCAGAUAUAUCUAAACAAUGAACUUGGCAUGCCGGUCGAUGUGUUUUUGCUGAGUCAACAACCACCGGCCGACUCGUCCAACGGGUCAUCAAUGACCGAUGAAGAUACGAGCAACAACACCAACAAUAGUAUCAGCAUGAACCAAGUGAAUCAAGUGGUCAAUGCAAUGGACAAUAGUAUUGAUUUUGGUAAUACUGCCAAUGGUGGUCCCAUUGCACCACCCUCUCCUAUUCGAAAUAGUAAUCAUCAUCAUCAUCAUCAUCAUGAAAACAACACCAAUCAAAAUAAUCAUAAUCAUAAUCAUAAUAAUAUCAUUGGUGCACAGUCAUCAGAGACAACGGCUGCAAUUAAUCCAAAUCCAAAUGUACAAUUUUCAAACAACACGACUUACUGGGAACCACCCUCAACCAUUAUAUCCUAUUCACCUUUUGCUGAUAUUCAACAACAACAACAACAACAACACCAACAACAGGGUAAUUCAUCUUCAUCAUCAUCUACAACACCUCCACCAAAUACUACCACUACUACGACUACUAAUCAACACCAACAACACCAACAAACAUCUUUAAAUAUUACAUCUCAAUCUAAUUCAACAAAUCCUACACCCAAUAAUCAUAAUCAUAACCAUAAUCAUACUAAUCAACCAACAACGACAACAACCACAACAACAAACUUCCAAUCACCAUUGAAAUAUAUAAUGAACAAUCAACAUCAACCAUUUACACCAAGUAAAGCCAUGUUUAAUUCCCCAAUCAAGCAGGUCAACCCUUACACUUUUACCGACAGCUUAUUUGAUCAAUCUACGGUCACAGACUCUAAUUAUUACUUUGAUAGUGUCAUUGAAUCGGAAGGUUUUUCAGAAUUUCCAACACAACAAAUACCACCAUCAAUAUCAACUUCACCAGUGGUGGUUGAUUUGGUAUAA